AUUUAUUUAUAUGCUUGUUUUCAGGAGUAUUUUCAAAUAUAAAUAAUAAAUAUACGAAGCCCCUAAAAGGUUUAGUAAACAUGAGCAAUAAAUUAAUGCUCAAAAAUAAAAGGCUAGAUUAAUGUCAGAAAAACUAUAAUAAUAAACUUCUAAUAUUGAAAGUAAUACUCCUAGAAUUGUAUCAAUUUUAUUUGGGGUCAUGACAAUCCCUACAUUUUACUAUUUUUAUAAUGCUCUCACUAUUAAAUUUGAAGACAUUUAAUAUUUUUAUAAUGUAAGAUUAUGUGUUGAUUGGUUAAAUUUAAAAUAUGGAUUAUUAUGUGGUUCCUUAAUUGGUUUGAGUUUAAUGAAAUUUGAUGAUUUUAAAGCUAAAAAUAAAUUAAGAUCUAAAGUACCAAUAAAUUAUACAUAUUACUCUCUUCCAAUACUUUUGGGUUUGUGUUCAUAUUCAUGCAUUGAAACUCUCUCAUAAUGGUGGAUAGUACCUACUAUGUUGAAUAUCAUUUCAACCAUGAUAGCUUAUUCACACGCAACAAAUAUGGGUAGUGCUCCUUUUUGGACUUUUGCUAUUGUUUAUUAAAUACUAGUAUUAGAUUUAAUAACAACAGCAAGUAUAUUUUGGUCAUAAAGAAAUUUAAAUUUACAUAGAGAAAAAAGAAAAGAGUUGUAUUCUAAAUAUUGA